GUUUCAGCCAAUAGGAAUCGGGUAAACAGGUACUGCGUGUGUUAGAGGAGAGCCAGUUAAGGUUAUUUACCGGAUUAUUUACCGGAUUAUUUACCGGGUUAAAUUCGGUUCGGUGAAUCAUGUCGGUGAAACACGCUCUGGGUCGGGGUCUGGAGUUCGGCAGGACCGUGUUCCGGCUCGGUAUAUUAAAGCCCGCGGGUCGGGUCACAGCGAAGUUCCGCGAUGAGCGGCUGCGGUUCUGCCCGCAGGCCCGGUCCGCUCAGCCCGCCCCGGUCCAGCCUCUGCUCCCCGUCCGGUACCGGUAUUUACGCGUGUCGCUCCGCGGCCUCGCCGCCCGGCUCCAGGCGGACGGGUUCAGGAGGCUGGCGGGGGGAGGCUCGCCCCGGACCCGCGCGGUGUUCCUGGCCUUCGGGGCGGGUCUGGGUCUGAUCGAGCAGCAGCUGGAGGAGGACCGGAGCACCGCGGCGACCUGCCGAGAAAUACAGGCACUGUUCCAGAAGAAGAAGUUCCAGAGUCCUCUGAAAGCGUUUAGCUCGGGGUAUAAGCUGGAGGACUAUGUGAUCGGGAAGCAGAUAGGAAAAGGCUGUAAUGCUGCUGUUUAUGAGGCGGCGGCUCCUUUCGCACCUUUUAGAGACGACAGUAAAUGUUCUCUGGUGGAGCUAAACCCAAACGGAGAGAAAACUGAAGCCCCAGAGUCCCUCAGAAUCCCCAGCACUCGCAGCAGAUACCCGCUGGCAGUGAAGAUGAUGUGGAACAUCGGGGCAGGUUCCUCUAGUGAGGCUAUUCUAAACUCCAUGUCUCAGGAGCUGGUCCCCGCCGUCCCUCAGGCCUUAAAGAAGGAAAAUGGAGAGAUCGUCCUGAGUGGUAAUUUCGGAAGCGUUCCCAAACGAGCGACGGCUCAUCCCAACGUUAUCCGAGUGUACCGAGCGUUCACAGCCGAGGUUCCCCUGCUGCCCGGAGCUGAGGAGGAGUAUCCUGCCGCUCUGCCCCUCAGACUCAACCCUGCGGGGAUGGGUAACAACCGCACCCUGUUCCUGGUGAUGAAGAAUUACCCGUGCACGCUGCGUCAGUACCUGCAGGUGUGUGUUCCGGAUCACAGGCAGGGCUCCAUGAUGCUGCUGCAGCUGCUGGAAGGUGUGGAUCACCUGUGCAGGCAGAGCAUCGCCCACCGAGACCUGAAAUCAGACAACGUCCUGCUGGAGUUCGAUUCAGUCGGCUGCCCCAGGCUGGUGAUCACGGAUUUCGGCUGCUGUUUGUCUGAGGAGGAUCUGAAACUGUCCUUCAGCAGCCGCUGGGUGAACCGAGGAGGAAACGCCUGCCUGAUGGCUCCUGAGGUGGCCACUGCUGUUCCGGGUCCCGGUGUUCAGAUUGAUUACAGUAAGGCGGACGCCUGGGCCGUCGGAACCAUCGCCUACGAGAUCUUCGGUCAGCCCAACCCGUUCUACAGCCCGGCGGCGCUGGAGAGCCGCAGCUAUCAGGAGAGAGACCUGCCGCGGCUGCCGUCCGGCUCACCUGAACAGGUGCGACUGGUGGUGAGACUGCUCCUGCGCAGGAACCCCAACAAGCGUCUGAGUUCCCGCGUUGCUGCUAACGUCCUGCACCUCAGCCUGUGGGGCAGGAAGACCCUCAGCAGGCUGGACCCGGCAGGCACGGGGAGGCUGGCAGACUGGCUGCUGUGCCGGUCGGCCGUGUUGCUCCUGCAGGGCUGGGGGAGGAGCUGCGUGGAGGCCGAGCUCCAGAGAGGAUUCCUCUCCAACCUGGACCUGGAGGAGCUCCGCACGGCCGCCGGGUACCUGAUCAGCAGCCGGGAGCCGGGGCCGAGCGUCAGCGUCUGAUCAGACACUGAGAUUAUAAAUCUGCUCGUGUUUUUAAUCUGUAUAUAAAUAAAACCUGUAAAGCACAGAAACUGCUGCUUUAUAAUCUGCUGUAAUCUGUGAAAGCGGUACAGUGUGAGAGAGAGUUAUAAUAAUAAUAUUAUAAUAAAAGCACUUUAUGUAGAUGCACCUUUCCUGCCGCUCUGCUGCUGUGUGAAAUAAUCACCACAGAGCACUGAGGCAGUACACUGCUCCUGAGAUACAUCUCUGUAACUAAAUAUAAAAUAUAUUUUAAAAAUACAUCUAUAUCUACUUCUACAUGUGACCGUUUUGUUUUUUGGUUAAAUGCAUGUUCUUCAAAUGAAAUAAUAAACUUGCUGUGACCUUUUAAA